AACUACCAACUCCAUCAAGAAGUCAACAUUCAUGCAUCUGUCAUUUGGAAAAUUUGCAUAUAAAAAGGUAUACACUUAUUGGGCGAAAUCAUAGGAAGAAAUGUGCACGUUAGAGAAAUUGGGAGAUCUAUUCAUUCUUAAACUUACGGGAGACGAUGAACACAGGCUCAAUCCCUCUCUUAUUGACUCAAUCAGAUCCGCUCUCGAACGUAUAACGGCGGAAGCAACAGGCAGCUCCGCUCUAAUCACUACCGCUCAGGGCAAAUUCUUCUCUAAUGGCUACGAUCUCGAUUGGGCAUCGUCCGAUCCAUCCCGCUUAUAUUUGAUGGACUCCAACCUUAAGUCGCUCGUUUUUGAACUUUUCAACUUUCCGAUGCCGACGAUCGCGGCCGUCACCGGCCACGCUUCAGCGGCUGGACUCAUCCUGGCGAUGAGCCAUGAUUACGUCCUGAUGCGAAAGGAUCGCGGAUUUCUCUACAUGAGUGAAAUUGAUAUCGGACUAAAAAUUCCGAAUUGGUUCGUUGCUUUGGUGAGGAACAAAGUUAAGUCUCCUGUAGCUUGGCGUGAUGUGGUUAUGAGAGGUACUAAAUUGACUGCUGACGUGGCAAUCGAGCAUGGCAUCGUUGAUUCCGCGCACGUUGGUGCGGCGGAGACGGUGACGGAGGCUAUAAAGCUUGGGGAGGAGUUGGUGGCGAGGAAAUGGGAUGGGAAUGUUUACGCACACAAUAGGAGAUUUGUGUUUUCUAAUGUUUUGACUGCGCUAUUUACCAAUGAUAUGGUACCGAGAUUGUGAGCAUGUAAGUUGACGUUCUUGAUCUUUCAUAUAAUUUACUAUAGUCGUAAAUCUAUGGAAAAUAUUUUCAAAAAAUUGAA